AUGGAAACUACCAAUGCCAAUGAAGUUGGUGUUUCUGGGACAACCGAGGAAUUUCCAGAGUCAACUGUUGAGAUAAAUGUAAAAACUUUGGACUCGCAGACAUAUACUCUACGGGUUAAUAAAUAUGUAAGUUUUGGUUUUCUUCAAAUUCCUGACAACAGCAUUAAUAUUGUAGCUGUUCUGGAUUUUUCUGAAAUUUUAUUCCCUCAGUCCUUAUAUAUCUGUUUUACAUGAUUGGUUUUCUUGCCUAUUCAUUCAUCACCAUGGUAUCCACUGUUUGAAUUGUUGCCACAUAAAUUUCAGGGUUUUUCUUUUGAUGGGUAAACAAUGCCUGUGGGUGCUAUUUAUUUGACGAAAUUAAAUAAGAAUUACAAUAUUUAUCUUCACCUCUGAAAGGAAAAAAGGUAUUAUGGCCUUCUUAGUGCCCUUUCAAAAGAGCCAUAAGUUACUUAUGAAGAUAAUUUUUUAAUGACAUCGUUUUACGCCAAAAUCAAAUAUGACACUCAGUUACGCUUACCUAUACAUCGUUGGUGUCUCUUUUCGCAUGUUGCUUACCUUUUCGCUGCUCCAUCGCUCUUUUCCCUCUGCUGCUACAUGUCACCUGUCUUUUUGAGGGAAGGGAUGGAAGAAGAACCUGCAUUGACCUUGGGAAGUCAUUUCGAUAUUUCUGCUUGAAGGUUUUCAAUCGAGGGUUUGCCUAAAUAUCAUUCCUGAUUAUCUCUCUACUAGUCUUCUAAUUAUUUAAUGUCAUAUGUUGAGACUUAACUCUUUUACGAAAGAAAGUUAUGGCACAAUCUGCAAACAUGAUAGACUGAGCCACGUCCUGUGCUAUUUGAUUUUAAAAAGUAGUGGGACGUCAUUUAAUGUUUAUGGAGACGAGCAAAUUUUGUUUGAUGGAACGUUGUGGGAAGAUGUUAAAAGUGAUACUUGCCAUUGAGUCAACCAAUGGCCCAUUAUAGGGAAAGCAAUGACACGAAAUUCCAAGAAAUCUUCAAAAGUGUGCGAUUGAUGGUCAAUGAAGUCGUAUUAUUGUAUCUUCAUAGUUUAAUGUAAUGGAGAUAGGGGGUGAACUUCAAUGUUUGAAAAUAUGACGAGUAGGAUUCUUAUUCUGCUAUGUUUUAUUUUUCUUAAUAAAAUACCAGCCCAAUAUGUGAGGAGGGGACAUUGGCCGCUUUUCUAGCUGUAGUAUUUGUGUGUUGCUGUUUUUGCCUCACUACAUUUUGGUCAUUUCAUGUUACUCUGAGGGCACUGGGUGAGACUGGAUGAUAGGCACUCAACGUGUGUGCACUGGGUAAGACUGGUCAUUGCAUGUCUGUAUUUUUUGGCAGCUUUACUUCACUUGGAUGCCAGACACCUUUCUAAUUUCUCGAAACAAUUUUCUAUCCCAACCUCCUGGCAUCAGUGCCUACCACUCAAAAAGAAUCCAUGUUUGUAGCUCCCUUUUUCCAACCACCACAAUGCACAAAUCAAUUGCAGUCAUAUUCCUCUCAUUGAAACCUUAGAAUCUAUUAUCAUACCAGUGUAAUCUUCACCACGUCUUUCCUGAAAUAUGCAUGCAGAUUUUCUCCUGAUCCGUGAUAGAAGCUGAACAACUUGUCAUCUUCAUGCCAAGCAUUCUAGAGUUUUCAGGAUUUUUCCCUUUAAGGAUGUCUAUUUCGUCCAUUUAAUAUCUCUAGAUUAUCGGUUUGCAUUUUAAUCUUGCUUUUUCCUCUAGUUUGAAAUUUUUUAGUUUAAUCUGUUGAUUACAGACCUCAGUUGAUGUGGAAGCUAAGAAAAUCAAUAUUUGUACCUGUAACGUUGUAAUUGAGGAUUACCCUUCGAGAAGACUGAAACACCAGUGGAAGAUAAAUGAACUUUUGACAUACAGAAACAUAAGAGAACAUAUUAGAUCAUUGAGCACUGUGGGAUGAUACUUGCUGUUAGCAAGAUCCCCAGAUCUGUUUACCUAAAAUAGAGGUGGCCUUCAACAACAUUAGAGCUGAUAUUUAACGUAUGAUGAUAAAUUCUCAGAAAGUUUUUACAUGUUAUACCAUGAGGCAGUUGGCCAUAAUGAUUAAUAGAAUAUUCAGAAAUAGGAUAUUGAGCAUUUUUAUACCAUCAAUCUGCCUUUUACUUUCAUAUCUGCAUGACUCUCUAUGACAGAGGGGUGAAGAAUUUUGCAGGGGUGAAGCUGGUUCGGGUAGAAGUGAUAAAUAAAAGUCGUUAAAAGGUUUUGUCGCGUUUUUGUUUAAUCUGCUAUUAGAUUUGUAAUCACUUGGGCUUAUAUGAUGUUAAGACAAAUUGUUCUGGAACCGAAAGAGGCUUGAUGCAUUUUUUCUAUUCAAAAUAAAGAAACUUCUAUUCUGAAGUCCUUGUGGACAUAAAAGUUGUAUGUUUGAGGCAUACUUAUUUGAUUUUGUUUCAAUUUGUAACACUUGAAGAAUGGACUGACUAUUGGAAAACAGGUGUAUGGGUUUUUCUUCAUCUCCAUGGUUUUGUCCUUGUCAAUCCAGUGUGAGACUAUGAUUUGUAGAUUUGUAGACUCAAUUAUGACAGUGUCUGAGAUCUUGAUUGCAUGAGUUCUUGCCGUUUUUUUCCUUUUUCAUUCUGACCUGUGCACGAAAGCAGUUCAUGACAGUCUUACAUUCAAGAUUAUCAACACCGCAUCUUCUGCAUCACUAUCUGUUCUUGGACUAUGAAUAGUUUAAUAUUUUACGUGUCUGAUUAAUUGUAUAUUGUAUUUUCAUAUUUUAGCAUUAAUCAUGAACAGUUGUGGCUGUCCGUUUCUCUUUAUAUAAUGAUUAUUCCGUUAUGCACAUAGCAUUAAUCAUGUAUUAUUCCGUUUCUCCUCGUGCAGGUGCCAGUCCCUGCCCUGAAGGAACAAAUUGCUAAUUUAACUGGGAUAUUAUCAGGGCAACAACGCCUCAUUUGUCGGGGAAAGGUGUUAAAGGAUGAUCAGCUACUUUCAGCUUACCGUAUCCUUCGAUUUUUUAACCAUAUUUAUUCCUUCGCAAACGGUAUUGAGGCUGCAAAUUUUUAA